AGUAUUAAUAAUACAUACAUACAUAAGUUUGUAAACGUAUACACUUUUCUCAAACGUACUUAUUUAUCAAAAUCUAAGAAAAAUUAAAUUUGGGUACACAAAUAACAGUUACAAAUAAUGUAAUCAUUUUGAAAAGUAAUUUACGCACCACCUUUUAAAGUAUGUAAGUAUUAAAUUCUACUACGAAAGAAGAGUAAAGUUUACUCUGGAUUUUGCACAAUUUGCUUAUUAUAGAAUUCAUUUACUUUCGUUGGUGUCUAAAAUGUCGAAGGAUGACGGAUUUUCAAACUCGGGGAAAAAUGGGGGACACAUUUUGGAAGAUUUGCUUUCCUCCACGGUUCUCCUCGCCAGGACAAAUUUUGUCCCCAUAAGAAACCAACUUAACAACUUUCCCGUCAAAAUUGAAGAAAAUAUAAGUUCCCCAGAAGUAACGUCGUGCUGUUCGAUCUGCUCCGAAUCCACGAAUCUUCUCCCUCUGGCCGUCCAAGAGAUGGAAAUUCUGGCCAAAUUCGUCCUAAGUCAGGAGCAAAUUUCCCUCAUUUUACAAACGGAAGAUCAUCCUCCCAUUUUUUGCUGUAAAAUUUGCUCCUCCGCGAUCUUAUCGUUGGCAAAAUUGUCCACGCAAAUUGAAAAUAUUACCAUUUCUUUACGUGCCGUCAUCUCCAGCAGGAACGGACUGUUUAAUAAGCUGCGGAAUGAGGCCAAAAUUAUUGAAUCCUCCCAACUUGACGCUCAUCAAGAUGUCAAAUUGUCCCCUAAUGACGACCACCCCCGACUAACUGGAUGGAUUGAAGAAGAAUUUUCCGUAAAAAUCGAGCCAAUCGAGUACGACGAGGAUGACCAUGAAAUCAGUCCUAAUCCAGAAGAAGAUUUACCAUUUUCGGGGUCUAAUUGUGACUUCCGAGGGUCUAAAUUCGCCUGCAAAAUCUGCCAACCUACACUAACUUUCAGCACAAGGUACAACUUUGAACGCCACAUGAAACAGAAACACCCUAAAACACCCAUACCCGCAAUUAGGAAAAGGAAACUGAAGAAACAGUCUCGUCUUGAGGGGGAAAACGCAAAGAAAUCAGAAACCUCAACUGCACCCCCAAGGAGGAAGAGACGACACAUGCCCGCCCUCGAGAAACCACACCCAUGUCCAGAAUGCGAGAAACGGUUCAUCUCCAGACCUGGAUUACGUAAGCACGUCCGUGUCGUGCACGAAGGGUUCCAAUCCACGCGCAAAUGUGCCUUUUGUCCCAAAGUCUUCUCAAGCAUGACGGCGUGGCAAAAACACGUGCAAGAAUUCCACCACGUGGUCAAGCGGAAGGCGAAACGGUUUGCUUGUGACAUGUGUACGAAAAUGUUCAUCAAUUCGUCUGGCUUGAUGCGGCACGUGGAACUGAUCCACUUUACGGACCGGAAGUCCUGUCCGUACGGAUGUCCGACGCAAUUUGGGUCCAAGGCUGAGUGGGUCACGCAUUUGGAGGGGUGUCAGGAUCCAAAAAUGAGUGCAAAGUAUGGAUGCGUUUGCUUGAUUUGCAAAACCACGUUCCGCAACAUAAUUCUCAGGAUGGAACAUUUUCUACGAGAACAUCCCAACGACGCGCAUUCUUGUCGCCUUUGCGGUGCCAAGUUUGCGCGACAAGAUGCCUUCUAUUUUCACCGAUGUGAUGAGUACGAAGGGUUUGACUGGAGUUAAACACAUAUUUGUGUAAAAAAUAAGCUUUGUGAUAUAUUUAAUUAAUUAACUAUUGUAGGUAACGGGACGUUCGUAAACUUCGUAACCCAAAGGGAAGUAGGUGGGGGGUCAGGGCCCAAUGAUAUCGUGCAUAUGUGUCACAUGUUAAAGGGGGUGGGUGGGUGUCUAAAAAAUCAAAACUUUGCGUUAUGAAGUUUACGAACUAAUGCUCAACACUUGUAAAUUUAUUCAUAUUUAAUGUUAAUGUUAAUUAGCUAAUUAUCCAAUGUAGUUAAUGUGAAUUCGUAAGAAAUGUAAAUGAUCAUCAAAAUUAAUAACCCGUCGCAAACGCGCAUACGGAAGUAGAUUCAGA